AUGAGAAUUCACCCUCGUGCUCUGGCAGUUGCGGCAGCAUUGACUACGCCAGUCCUUGCCGCAACUCGUCCUGGCGCCGUUGUCAAAGCCAGCCCGACGCCCAGCGUUGGGUUCAUCAUUGAACUCGAGUCCAACGAGUCCAUCAACGGUCGUGGUCUUGACGAAGACGCCCACUCGGCGUUUCAUCGUCGGGCCGAAGACCUCUUGGACUAUUCUGUACGCCACGAGUUCAAGAACCCCGAGUAUUUCUACGGACUGUCGAUCAAUGCGAACAACGAUACCAAUUUCGAUGCUCUCCUCGCCUUGCCUCAGGUCAAGAGGGUGUGGCCGAACAGAUACUACAACCGUCCCAUCCCUGUUGGCUCUGGCCGACCUAUAAAGUCGCCGAACCCCUCUGAACCAGUUGGAGUCAAUCCUAUCCAACUACGGGACACAGCUCAAGUUGUCACUAUCAAUGGCACCAGUGAUGUGAUCUCUAGUUUGAGGAUGACCGGCGCUGAUCAGGUUCAUGCUUUGGGCUUGACCGGAAAAGGCAUCAAGGUUGGCUUCCUGGACACCGGCGUCGACUGGCGUCACCCCGCCCUCGGAGGAGGGUUCGGAGAAGGUUUCAAGGUUGCUGGAGGAUAUGAUCUAGUUGGUGAUGACUUUGAGGGCUGGAACGACCCAGUUCCGGAUGACAAUCCGCUCACCACUUGUCUCGAUGGUGGUCAUGGCACGCAUGUUGCUGGUAUCAUUGCCGCCCGGGAUCCAGUAGGUGUUGGAUUCGGCAUCGUGGGAGUUGCUCCUGACGCUUCUCUGUAUGCUUACCGAGUACUCGGUUGUACCGGAGGCGUCACCGAUGAUAUCCUGAUGCAAGGAUUCGAAAAAGCUGCCAGCGACAGUGUUGAUCUCAUCAGCAUGUCUAUUGGCGAAACGGCCAUUUGGGAGACAGGAUCGCCCUACACCACACUUCUUGCCAAGAUCCAGUCGCAAGGCAUCGGCAUCAUCAUUGCUGCCGGAAACGAGGGUGAUACGGGUCUUUAUGUAUCCUCAGCCCCGGCACAUGACCCGAGUGCCAUUUCAGUUGGUUCUGUCAGCGACCUGCACUUCGCCACCGCGUACAACGCCGCCGGGUCGGACGGCUCAGCCAUAGAGUACGGUCGUGUGGUGCCCCUGAGCCCCUCAAAACACUUCAAUGUCUUCGUCGCAGAUGACGAAAACGGCGAGUGCGUGGACAAGGCGUGGACCAAGGCCAUUGCGGAUUUUACCGAUAAGGAGAGCGUGGUCGCCUUGGUCACCGCCAGCAGCAACUGUUUCUACGAGAUCGUUGACGACCGGGGCAGCUCAUCCGGCUUCAAAAAUGUUUGGUCAUGGUUCCCUGACGCUGAUGACAUGUCGAUCGAUCAGCCAGGCUCGUAUGGAGACAUCGACACGGUCAAGGUGAGAAAGACUGAGGCAGACAAGAUUUUGGCUGGUAUCGCGGACCAGGGCAAUAACUUCACCCUGAGCUUCGAGGAUCAGACGGUACACCAGAUUGACCAACCCACCGGCGGGACCACCUCAUGGUUCUCGACCUUUGGCCCUACCAUGGAGAUGUCUUUGAAGCCUCAAGUGUCUGCACCCGGCGGCACCAUCCUCAGUACCUGGGUGACUUCCAACGGAUGGGGAUACGCUGUCAUUUCCGGCACGUCCAUGGCCACACCCCACCUUGCUGGAUGUUACGCUCUGCUGAAGCAGAAGUUCCCCGAUCUUAGCCCCCAGGAUAUUGCGAGACGAUUGCAAUCAUCGGCAGAGCCCUUGAAACAGUACAAUGUCGACGACAUCCUCACAACAACGGCGCAACAGGGCUCUGGACUGGUCAAUAUUCUGAGAGCAAUCACCUCCGAUACCGUGUUUUCGGCCACCGAGUUCAACCUCCGCGACAAUGCUGGUCCUGUUGAGCGGAACUUCACCAUCGAAAAUCGGUCUUCUGCGCCCAAGACUUACACGCUAGGCCACAAGCCAGCCGCGGAAGUGGAUGCGCUGCCGCAAGCCAAAAGCAGCGACGUCAACGAGAUGUUCUACUGGACCUUGAACUUCAAAGCCAUCUACGCCAGUGUGUCGUUCCCCGCAGAGUCAAUCACCAUACCCGCCGGUGGUAGAGCAACGGUCGAGUUCACCGUCACGCCCCCUGUUGUAGACCCUGCUCUCUUGCCCACCUACAGUGGCUUCAUCACCGUCGCCGAUGGCGAGGAUACUUUCUCGAUCCCCUAUCUUGGCAUUCCGUACUCACGCCGAGAUGUUUCCAACAUAUAUGUGGGAGAUGUCAAAAACCUUGAUGCCGCUCUGCAGCCUCCAUCAGGUAUACCGACAUUGCCCUUUGUCAGUUCUUCCGAUACUGGCGUCCGUGUUAGCGAGAAAGCCGUCUUCACCUUCCCGGCCAAGGCGGUCGCGGAAAACGAGACGCGUGGCUUGGAUAACGACCCAGUCAUCACUCUCUUCAUAGACCAACCGUCAGCAUAUGUUCGUCUUGACGCAGUGCCUGUUGAUCUCGCCUCUAACGCCGCCUAUAACUUCACCCCUUCUUCUUUCGGAUACCUCCCGGGAGCCGAGCCAAAUACAACCUUUUUCACCAACACGACAACAGCCUACCCGCCUUUGGACCUCGACUCGCUUGACCAUGUGGCAGGUGUCAAGAGUUAUGGUCUUGUUGGCUCCAUGUACGGCGGCGACAAGCCCCAUGGCCUCACUUCGAUUAACUUUCGAGGCUACAGUGUUUACAGCACAGAGUGGACGUGGGGGGUUGUUGAGUUGGCUAACGGCACGAUUUACCAGUUGCCCAAUGCCGAUUAUCGUGUGUUGGUCCGCGCGCUCAGAUGGGGAGGCGACUUGAACAAUGCAAAUGACUACGACAGCUGGCUGAGCCCUGUUAUCGCGGUAAACAUUACAGAUCCCGGAAUCCCCAAUCCGUGGCUCUCUAUCUAG